UUUUGUGAAAAUCUCAGUUAAACUUCAUCACUCGCACAAAUAUGACUCCAUUGUUAAUUGUAGUGAUCGUGAUUCUCCUAGCAUAUAAAUUCUACAAGUUUACUUAUCAUAAACCGCCUAAUUCACCUCCAAGCAUUCCCAGAGUUCCAAUAUCAGGAUCUUAUUUGAUGUUACUGUUGGGAAGUUACUCCUUCCCGUAUAAAACUAUCGGAUAUUAUGCAAAGAAGUUGAAAACGAAUAUCAUCGGUUGUUAUUUCGGCGAUUUUUGGGCAGUAGCAGCUAGUGACUAUGCCAGCAUAAAGGAGAUUCUUACGAGGGAUGACUUCGACGGUCGAAUUUCAGAAGUCGAAGUUGUAAAAGCACGAGCUUUCGGAAAGAAGUUGGGUAUACUAUUUACCGAAGGCGAGUUCUGGCGAGAACAGAGAAGAUUCUUUCUUCGCAAUAUACGCGAUUUUGGAUUCGGACGACGGCAGGAGACCAUCGAGAGAGAUAUUUUAAGCGAGAUAUCUUUGCUAAUCGAUAUCAUGAAAAACAGGCCAGUUUAUGAUGAAGAGAAGGAAAUAAUAAAAGACAAUUUGGUACUCUUUCCCGACAUUCUCUAUCCGACAAUAUGUAGUUCUUUUUGGAACGUUUUAUUCGGCUGCAAAUUCGACAGAAGCGAGCACGAUAUUCCACGACAUAUCUGUCGCAUGUCCAUGCUGUUUCAAAGAUCGCUCGAUGCAACAGGCGGUGCGAUCUUCCACUUACCUAUUUUGAGAUUCUUUGGAAACAUGUUUGGGUUUAAAAAUAUGAUAAAAGCAAAUUAUGCAGUAGCAGACAUCAUUCAGGAAUAUUUGAAAUUGCAAAAUGCCACUUUAGACGAAAACGUCGACAGAGGAUUCAUUGACAGAUAUCUGAACGUAUUGAAUAAAGACGAGAAAUCGCAAAGCUUUUCAGAGAAACAGUUGAUUAUUACAGCAACCGAUAUGGUGAUUGCCACGUGUUCUACAAAUCCCACCGUUAUUGCUAAUGUCCUUAAAUAUCUGAUCAAAUAUCCCAGGGUUUUAAAGAAAGUGCAGGAUGAGAUAGACCAGGUUGUUGGUACCGGUCGAUUAGUGACAUGGAAUGAUAGAAAAAAUUUACCUUAUACGGAAGCAAUGAUCCGAGAAGUAAUGAGGAUAUCGUCUUCGUUGCCGCUGAGUGUAAUCCAUAGAGCUGUCAAGGACACUACUCUGGGAGGGUACGCGAUACCGGCGAAUACGGCAGUUAUAACUAAUUUAGCAGCGAUGCAUCGUGAUCCUAAUUUAUGGGGUGACCCCGAGAAUUUCAGACCAGAGAGAUUCAUAAACGAAAAGGGCGAACUGACGAAAGAUAUGUCGUUGCCUUUUGGUUUUGGUCAUCGAGUUUGUCCAGGAGAAACUUACAGUAGAUACAACGUAUUCGGGGUGUUGGCUGCCCUACUGCAAACCUUCAACUUCUUCCAAGUCGAAGGCGAACCAUCGAAACCUGAAGAUGAAUUGCCAGGUCUUCUUAUAACUCCUAAGGAAUUUUGGGUACGCUACGAAUUGCGUUGAUUUGUUUCGCGCAACGAACGCUCACGUGAAAUAAACUUCAAAUAAUCGAUA